AUGCGUGAUGUACAGGCAUUCUCUAAUACUUCGCCCUCAGAGUCCCUCCGAGGGACAGGGUUGAUCCGAGGGGCCCUGUCAGGGGCGUUGGCGCCCACAGGGGCUCUCCCAGAGACAGCGGCGCUCCCAAGGGCCCUCCCAGGGACAGGGCGCUCCCAGGGGCACUCCCAAGAUCGGGGGAGCCUCCAGGGACCACUCAGGACGGCAACGCCCCCAGGGGCCCUCCUGUGGACUGCGACGCCCCCAGGGGCUCUCCGAGAGAUGGGUGCGCCCCAAGGGGUCAACGCCAGCGUCCCUGGCUGGGCCCCUGGGGGCGCCACCGCCCCUGGCAGGGCUCCUUGGGGUACUGCCGUCCCUGAGACAACUCUUGGAGCGCCAUCGCCCCUGGCACGGUCCCUGAAUGCGCCACCGCCUCUGAGAGGGCCUUUGGGGGCGCCACCAGGUUCCCUCUCAGGGAAGGCAGUGAUCCCAAAGGCCCUGCCAGGGGCGCUGGGACCUCCAGGGGAUCUCCCAGGGACAGAGAUACUCCCAGGGGACUCCCAGGGACCCUCCCAAGGGCAGUGGCGCACCCAGAGACCCUCCCAGGGAUGGUGGCGCUUCCAACGGACUUGCCAGGGGCCCUCCCAGGACGCUAGCGCUACCAGGUGCCCUGUCAGGGGCGCUAGCACCUCCAGGGGCUCUCCUAGGAACAGUGGUGCUCUCAGGGGCCCUUCCAGAGACGGCGGCCCCUUUAGGGGCCCUGCCAGGGGCGUUGGCGCCCCCAGAGGCUCUCCCAGGGACUGCCACGCUCCCAGAAGUCCUCCUAGGGGCGGCGACGCCCUCAGGGGCCCAACCAGGGAUGCGGCACUCCCAUUGGCCCUCCCAAGACCGGAGACCCCCCCAGGGGCCCACCCUGGACUGCAGCGCCCCCAGAGGCUCUCCUAG